AUAUAUUUCUGUAAUGUUUUUCAGUCGUCGGUGUUUUUGUUACUUUCGUUUAAUUUCGCUUAUGGCUUAGAUAGUAAUUUAUAUAAAUCGAGUGAAAAAACUGUAUAUCCGAAAAAGGCAACAACAUUGAAAAAACGUCCGACGAAGGCACUAGCAAAUACAAAUACAACGUUGCCGACUAAAAUACAAAAGUCAAACAAAAACAUUGUCGAAGCGUUCAAGGAUUUGUCUGAAGACGAUUUAGAAUUUAUUAAUGAAUUGGAUAAGCAGUUCAAAGUUCAUGGUAAUAAAAUAAAAAUCAAGAUUGAACACGACACUGCGGUUACUAAAAACUUGAAACGGACCAUAGACGGAGAAUUGGGUUAUGGCUUCAAUUAUAAUGGUUACGAAUACAGUCGGCCAAAGUUUAUGUUUUACCCAUACUCACAAAAUGAUAUACCCAGAAGUACUCCGAACUAUUACCCAAACUACGACAAGACUAGUGUAACAAUUGAGCCAUCCUAUUCAUAUGAAUUAAAACCACAAACGUAUGAAGCGGUCGACAAUGACCACGCUCAAAUCGAUUUACCUCAUCAACACGUUCACCAACAACAACAACAGUCUCAACAACAAUAUGAGGAGCCCAUCAUAGUGUUGCGUAUUCCUGGUCCAACGAAAUAUGCUUCACAUAUACAGGCGCUUUUGCAACAGUACUUAGAAAUACGUGCAGCUCAAUAUUUACACAUACUGAAGCAACAAGAUUUACAUAAAGAACAACCAUAUAAACAAACUCAUUCACAAAUCCAAUACUAUCAACCGCAAGUAAGCCUUCAAGAAGAGGAAUUUAUACAACCAGUACAACACCAUUACCAUCAAGCACUAGUUAAGUCUCAAUCACAACUUUUGCAUUCAACUACUGACCAAACGCCAGAAGAUGUAUCUGCCCCACAAUCUGGUACCUAUCCUGACAUACAUGACGUAUAUCAUACUUACAAAGAUCGUCAUCAAGCUGAAGAACCAAAACAAAUUGUUAAUUACUACAAAAAAGGAGCAUUUCAGGCUCCAACACCGCAGCUGACGCAGCAGGACAAACUUCCACAAUAUCUCUACACAUCUACUAAGCAUUACGCACAAGCCGAUAAUGUUCAUGAAUAUCCUAUGUAUGUAAUUACUAUGUUACCAAAAUCAAAUUACAAUGAAAAGCAAGAACUUGUUUCGCAAGAAUAUUUGCAUCAGCAACCCAUUUAUAUACAAGAUGACAAAAUAACUGAACACAGGCAAGCACAUCAGCAAAAUUUGCAUAUCAGUGAAAAUAAUCCCCGAAGAACGCAUACAAAAAUUAUAUAUACAAACGGAAGUGAAAAUGCCGGACAUGACUACGUGCAAUAUCCACUACCUUCAGUAAGGCCAUUUGAACGCAUUGCACCCACAUCAAGUGCUCCACACCACCAACAGUACCAGCAGGAAUCAGAAGUUAAACACAAUAGCGAGGAUAACAAGCAACAAGAUAUUCAUGAAAACACUGUCGCAAUAACACAGCGUCCGCACAAUUACCAUGUUCACACCAGGAAAAUGAAGCUAAAUGGUGGUCACAAACAGGUCACUGCCGUUGUUGAUACUCAAGACGACACAAACGAAAAGCUAGAAAAGAUACGUAGUUAUGUCCAAACGAAAUUUGGUGCACAAACUGGUUCAGCUAUAGAGUAUCAAACAACAGCUUAAACGUUUUAACAAUUUUAGACAGAGAAAAACAGAGCGAAUAUUUUUGUAUUACUAACAGAUUAAAUAUAUGUAAA